CGCCGCCGCCCGAGACACAGCUUGGCACCCCUUCCCCCGCCCUCGCCGCCGCCAGCCACACACACGCGCGCUUCUCUCCAUCUUGUGAUUCCUUUUUUUCUCCUGAAGCCUCCAGUGGGGGUGCGAGUUUGUCUUUAUCCCCCCCUCCCGCACCACCGCCUUUUUUCUUCUUUCUCCUCCCCCUCCUCAGCUGGGUGCGCGCCCCUUUCUUUUCUUGCUCCGCUUCAUUUUUAUUUAUUCAUAUUUAUUUGGCUCUCGCUCUCUCACUCGCUUUCUCCUCUUCCCGUCCUCCCUCCCUCCGGAUUCCUAUUUUCUCCCCGGAGUGGCGCGUUGGGGGCUCCUCCGCUGGCCAGGCGUGAUGUUGCACGUGGAGAUGUUGACGCUGGUGUUUCUGGUGCUCUGGAUGUGUGUGUUCAGCCAGGACCCGGGCUCCAAGGCCGUCGCCGACCGCUACGCCGUCUACUGGAACAGCAGCAACCCCAGAUUUCAGAGGGGUGACUACCACAUCGAUGUGUGCAUCAAUGACUACCUGGAUGUCUUCUGCCCUCACUACGAGGACUCAGUCCCUGAAGAUAAGACUGAGCGUUAUGUCCUCUACAUGGUGAACUUUGAUGGCUACAGUGCCUGCGACCACACCUCCAAAGGAUUCAAGAGAUGGGAAUGUAACCGGCCUCACUCUCCAAAUGGACCACUGAAGUUCUCUGAAAAAUUCCAGCUCUUCACACCCUUUUCUCUAGGAUUUGAAUUCAGACCAGGCCGGGAGUAUUUCUACAUCUCCUCUGCCAUCCCAGAUAAUGGAAGAAGGUCCUGUCUAAAGCUCAAAGUCUUUGUAAGACCAACAAAUAGCUGUAUGAAAACUAUAGGUGUUCAUGAUCGUGUUUUCGAUGUUAACGACAAAGUAGAAAAUUCAUUAGAACCAGCAGAUGACACCGUACAUGAGUCAGCCGAGCCAUCCCGCGGCGAGAACGCGGCACAAACACCAAGGCUACCCAGCCGCCUUUUGGCAAUCCUACUGUUCCUCCUGGCGAUGCUUUUGACAUUAUAGCACAUUCUCCUCCCGUCACCUGUCACAGAAAACAUCAGGGUCUUGGAACACCAGAGAUCCACCUAACUGCUCAUCCUAAGAAGGGACUUGUUAUUGGUUUUUUGGCAGAUGUCAGAUUUUUGUUUUCUUUCUUUCAGCCUGAAUUCUAAGCAACAACUGGGGGCCGGGGGGCUAAAGUAGUUGCUGCCUCCCUCACCCCACCCCACCCCAAGCCCUUGCCCUUGACUUCUCUCACCCCUUCCAAAUUAAAUGGACUCCAGAUGAAAAUGCCAAAUUGUCCUAGUGACACUAGUGGUUGUCAGCUCCUGUGCUUUCUCCUCUAAGAGCUCACCUCGUUUGCGCACUGUGUCAGCAGUAUGUGGACAAGGAAGAAUAGUGGCAGAUGCAGCCAGUGAUGGCGAGGCCCGGGAGGGUUUCGCUCUCCAUACAAUAUUUAUGCCUGCUCAUUCAGGACUGUAAGAUGAUCGCGCAGGGCAUCAUGUCACCAUGUCAAGUCCAGAGGGGAGGUAUUAAGAAUAGAUAUAAUAUUACACCAUUUCCUCUAGGAGUGUAUAAGUGAACAGGCUUCUAAAAGGUUGAGACACUUUUUUCUUUAAUAUGACUGUCUUAAACCAUUCUUGACAGCAAAACUUGUACUCUGUAAAAGAAGCCCUUUUGUGAGGAGGCAGGCUGGGUGUUGGAAUGCUAGCACAGAGUAAGUGUGAACACAGAGAAAACUGGGUUUGGUGGGGGUGUGUUUGCGUGAGUGCCUCUAAUUUUUUUGGUGACUGGGCAGUGCACACCAGAUUGUUUUUUUUUUUUUUCCUUUGAAUAUAGAUCACCAUGGUGCUACAACUUUUCUUUUUUUUUUUAAAGAAGCUCAAAGAGGCAUUUUUAUGAAUAAAGUGACCUUCCCCAAGGCUGACAAGCCAGGGUUGAUGAGUGCAUAAUGGAAUAGCUUUGGAUACUUCUCUGGGGACAGUAUGUACCAAGGAAAGGAUGUCAGUGGCCAGAGGAGAUGUAAUUUGGCUUUGCUGGAGCACCAGUGUGCUGUGGCCUUUCCCCAACUCCCACCCCAGAACCCACGUUUUUCUCCACACUCCACGCCUCUGGGGGCUCAGACACAAACCCCGUCACCAGGAGAGUCAGUCAACACUACUUGGGAGGGCUUAAGGGAAAUUUGGAAUAAAAAUUCCAAAGUUUGGAAUAAAAUAUUCAAGUGUUGAUUUUAUAUUCUUUCCCUUUCUGACACAGCCUGAAGCGUAGGGGGAACAUGUGUUUAUCUGUGGGAGAUAAACAAGAUGGAGUCCCAAAGACUUUAACAAAAUAUUUUUUUAAAAAUCCACUAGAAUAGAAAAUACAUUAUUUAGAUAUACUUUAUGCUGAGAGUGAGUAUAUAUGCUUGUCCUAUUUAAACUUGUGAGAAAAAGUGGUAUCCCUUGAUACAUUUAGAAGUAUGGGGGCUAUCUUGUUUCAUUGUAGGGGUGGGGCGGAAGGAGACAAAGGAUGUCCCUGUUUAAGGAAACUUGGCAUGGUCCACCAGGAAUGCUUCCAGUUGGUGACCAGGAAGUGCACGCUUGGGGUUUCCUACUCGUGAGGCUGUCAGGAACUUUGACCACCAAAGCCUAGACAGGGAAAAGUGUCAGACCAAUGAAAAAAACAUCUAGUUUUUGGAUUUUUUUUUCCUACUGCACAGUAUGUCAACAGAAAAUCACGCCUUUCGAACCAAACCAAAAAUAAAAAAAAAAAUGUGAUGCUCUAAGAUGUGAAAAUUUGGAAGCAUUCCAGCAAAAUGAGGAUUUUUUAUAUAUUUUUAAAAAUGUAUAUGUAAAAAAAGGGAUGGGUCAUAUUAUGGACAGACUUUAUGAAUGGGAAUUUGCUAAGCAUUAUGAAUAGUUCUGAAUUGGAAAAAUAUGAGACUGAAAGGCAGCUGUAAAGGCUCUGCACCCUGGAGAGUUGUACACAUGUUGAAAUGUAAUCUGGGCUUACCUGAUGCAUUUGGAGUGGAUGUUACUGCUGGGUCUGUUCUCACUUGGAACCACGUGAGUGGGGUUGCCAGCCUCAAAGACACAAUCAAUCCUAUUUCCCCACAUCAGGAACUUCUCUGGCGUGGAGAGUCUUAUCACAGAAGGCAGCCACCAUUUCACUGAAACAAAAGUUCACAGCAUUGGAUUCUUUUUGCCUUUAUUUAUAUGCUCGGUACUCUCAGUAAUAUCCAGUAAUACUUCUUUUUUAUUAAUAGUUACAGGCUUGUUGAUCCAGUGGGAUUUGGGUAGAGGCAGGUAUACUUUCUAAAAUGGAUCAAUAGUCAGAACCAAAAUAAUACUGCAUGUUGUAUAACCACAAGGAAAUCAAAUGAUCCUGUAAUGAUUCCAGUUAGUCAUAACUACAUUAGCAGUGCUAAUUUCAUUUUAGAAAUGGUGACUUCUGUGGUUUUUCUAGCACUUGUCUCUAACAAAUGAUGGAAUAAUUACUCAUGGCCUUCUCUGCCAAUGUCUUUCAUUUUUCACAGUGAAAUUAGACCCCUUUACUUCACCGUUGUGCCACUACAAAUUAAGUAAAAAGAAAAAAAUUAGCAAGACUAUCCCCACCAGUAGACAGUGUGCUUCUCCACCUGUGACAUAAUUGUAGGUAACACUUGCCACGGAAUUUUCAAAAGAAGAUGAUUGGUAUCAGACAGUUUUCAUUUUGUCCAAAAGUGCUGGUGGCCUUUUGUGGUAUUGUUACAACCCUCUGGGGGCUUAGGAGGAUAUCGAUGCAACUUCGUAGCAGCUUUUACUUUUCAAAAACAAUCAAAAGUCUGAAGGGCAGCCCGCAGCUGACUCUCAGCCCCAGUUAGUCAAACCCCAGCGACCUUUGCCCCUGGUUGCCAAGGGCUUUGCAACAUGAAGCAGGGAAAUAGGGAUCUGUCUGUUUAGUGGAUACCGUGUAUCCUUUACUAGACCAGGUAACAGUCGUGUUAGCUUAGACUAUUGUUUUGUACUGUACUUUCUUGGGUGGCAGAGGAAAGAAAAGUAAAACAUUAAAAAAAAAAAAAACUGCGUUCUUUAAAUUCUGUAUUAUUAGCGACCUCUGUUGUAUAUAGUGUUUGAUAAUAAAGUAUUAAUUUGAUUCUUAUGUCUUUUGUAAGUGAGAACAAUAGUCUUUCAGGAUACAAAACAUGCAUUGAGGCUUUGAAACAUCCAAUGUAUACGUGGCUGAGAAGUGUCACAAACGGCCGAGACACUGCUCCAUACAGGACUCGCGCGUGGUCAUCGCCCUCCCAACCUUCACUGCACCAUCUCGGGACCUGGGACAACAUGGCUUUUUUAGAUCACUAUUUUGUCCUUACUGUUUUAAGGUCUGAUGUUGGAGCCCUGUGGUGCCCCCCUCACCCACCCCCACCCCCAGCAAGUUGGUUUGCAAAAGGUUUAGGGAAUUUACUAACGGUUCUGUACUUUGGUUUAGUUCUUAAUUCGCGGUGGUUUUCAUGAACUGUUUCAUUUUUCCCCAGGAAGAGACUUGCCAGUAUCACAUGCAGCCCACAUAGGGGAAAGGUUGCAAAUCAGUCUGUCUAGGAAGGUGAAAUUGGGGCUGUUUCCCAUUCUGUGUCAUUGUAAAAGGAAGAAUCACCCCAGGACCUGUGGAUUUUCAGGCACUGCUCUCUGGUACCUUAGCAACUGCAGCAGCCAUUUUUAUUAGUUUCCCCACUAUUAGGAAAACAGUUGAAACUCCUCCCCUUCAUUCAUUGCUCCCAGAGCUGUGGUCACUAAUUUUUCUUUUGAAAACCACCUCCACCGACACCCCUGUUUGCCUACACCCCCUUUUAUUUCUUAUGUUUAUUUUUUUUUUGUCUCUCGCCUUCCUCCCACGUUUUCUUUUCCCUCAAAACCAUGAAUGGGCAGGUCUGUCUCUGGUUUGGCAUCACUGAGUUUUUCCCAUGCAUUUGCCCCAGAGCUGCUCGGAUGUGAGACAAAUCUCCCUACAAUGGGCUUGCUCCCAUUGUCUGUACAGUCUAAUAGAUGCUGGCAUGUUGGAGGUUACCCAUGAGUCAAAAUCCGCUUUCCAUGCUUACCCUUGACACCCCAUUGAAGCCACUCAUUGUGUGUGCGUCUGGGUGUGAAGUCCAGCUCCGUGUGGUCCUGUGCUUGUACUGCCCUGCUUUGCAGUUCCUUUGCACUUACUCAUCAAGUGCUGUUUUGAAAUGCUGACAUUAUAUAAACGUAAAAAAAAAAAUGUAAAAAAAAAAAACCCACACACAAACCAACCCAUACAAUCUGUAUUUGUAUAUACACGUGUCCAUACAAGUAUACCUAAAUAAAAAUUAAAGAUUUUCAUCAUUUUAAUUGGAGCCCUCCUUCUACUUCUUUGUUCCUUGAAUGACGCCUUUAUUUCAGGGGCUACUUGUACUAUGCUGAUUUCUCAAAUCUUUGUGGACAGGAAAGAUAAUACAACAUGUAUUAGAGAAGGUCUGAGAAGCUCAAAGAAUGCAGGGUUAAAAAGCAUGUAGGCACAUUCCAGUUAUUCUGAUGAGGAAAAUAGUGAGAUUUCAUCUUUGUCUCUGUAUUUCAGCCUUAAAAUAGGCACUAUAAGCCCUGCAUCCUAAA